UUAGUGUGGAGUGAGUGUGAAAAAUGAAUUACAAUCUUUGCUUUGUGAUUUUGUUGGUUGUUUGGACUAAUGAUCAGGUUGAGGGCCAAUUUAACCCUCACUUCUUCCCCGGUCGCAGUGUUAUUGUGCAUCUGUUCGAGUGGAAGUUCUCUGACAUUGCCACUGAGUGUGAGGAAUAUCUUGGGCCGAAUAGCUUCGGGGGAGUUCAAGUGUCGCCCGUGAGUGAGUGCGUCAUUUCCCCGAAGCGAGCGUGGUGGGAACGCUACCAGCCAGUAUCUUAUGCCAUCAUCAGUCGCUCAGGGGACGAACUGGACUUCGCGGACAUGGUAAAGAGGUGCAAUGAGGCCGGAAUCCGCGUAUAUGUCGACGUAGUGUUCAAUCACAUGGCGGGCGGCGAAGGAGAGGUGAUUGGAGUGGGAGGAAGCAUUGUGAGUCCCCAGGAGAGACUCUAUCCUCACGUUCCCUACGGACCGGAUGACUUCAAUUCGCCCUGCCUCAUUGAGAACUACCAGAACGCGAAGGAGAUCAGAGACUGUAGUCUGCUUAACCUUCCAGACCUCAAUCAGAAGUUAUCAGAUGUGCGAGCGAACAUGAUUGAAUUUCUUGAUCGCCUCAUCGAUUUCGGGGUGGCGGGAUUUCGAGCUGAUGCUGCCAAACACAUGUGGCCAGAUGAUAUAAAGUACAUUUUUGGCAAUACUAAGAAUCUGAACAAAAAGUUUAGCUUUCCCGACAAUGCCAGACCAUUUCUCUACCAGGAAGUCAUUGAUAUGGGCAAUGAACCGAUAUCAAAAAAUGAAUACACAACCAAUGGCGUAAUUACCGAGUUUCUCUCCUCCGCUGAAAUUGGCAACAUUUUCCGCCACAAGAAGCUCAAGGAGCUGAUCAAGUGGGGAACAGACGAGAGAUUCCUCCGAUCUGACAGAGCCCUUGUCUUCGUGGAGAAUCAUGACAAUGAGCGUGGACAUGGAGCUGGCGGAAAGGACAUCCUCACCUACAAGGACGGAAAGCGCUAUCUCAUGGCUGUUCUCUUCAUUCUCGCCCAUCCUUACGGCAUCUCGCGCAUCAUGAGUUCCUACGACUUCUCCAACAGCGACGAGGGGCCUCCGAUGAGUGCCGAGGAGGAGAUCCUGUCGCCAAUCUUCAAUGAGAGAGGUCUCUGCAUCAACAGCUGGAUUUGUCAGCAUCGCUGGCCAGGAGUGGCCGGGAUGGUGCAGUUCAGGAACGCUGUGGCCGGAAGUGGAAUAGUCAACUGGGCAGACAAUGGAGAGCAUCAGAUUGCCUUCUGCCGUGGCGAAUUGGGCUUCGUAGCCUUCAACGGUUACACCAUGUCCAAUCUCAACUCCACUGUGAAGGUCUGCUUACCACCGGGAAUUUACUGCGACGUCAUCAGCGGCGAAGUCGCCCUGGAUGGGUGCACAGGACUCGAGGUCGUGGUGAAGGAUUCCGGAUACGCCAACAUCUUCAUCCCGGGCGAUUCACCGACAGGCGCUCUCGCCAUUCACUGGGGUUCUCUCUAUCUGGCGAAAUGAGUGCAUCUGAAUGAUCUAAAUAUAUAAAACACUUAAGCAAAUAUGUAUCUAAUGUGCAAAAACACACAUCAUGUUUUAUAUUUACUGUUUUCUCAUACUCGAUAAAGCAAAUCAUGAUUUUUAU